AUGGAAGUGACCCAAGUACUGCACAUGAAUGGAGGCACAGGAGAAACAAGCUAUGCAAACAACUCCUUGGUUCAGCAAAAGGCGAUUUGUUUGACAAGAGUUAUGAGAGAGGAAGCAAUAAGCAGCCUCUACCGCAGCAUACUCCCGAAACGCUUAGCGAUUGCAGACUUGGGUUGCUCUUCUGGACCAAAUGCUUUGUUUGUGAUAUCUGAAGCCAUAAAAUUGGUGGAGAAGCUUUGUCGAGAACUGAAGCAUGAGUCUCCCCAAUACCAGAUCUUCAUGAAUGAUCUUCCUGGGAACGAUUUCAACAACAUCUUCAAGUCCCUCCACAGCUUCAAAGAGAAACUGAGGAGUGAAAUAGCAGGUGAGCAUAUGGGUCCAUGCUUUUUCACUGGGGUUCCUGGUUCUUUUUAUGGCAGAAUCUUUCCCGACAAAAGUCUGCAUUUUGUCCAUUCCUCGUACAGCCUUCAGUGGCUAUCCAAGGUUCCUGAAGGUUUAGAGAACAAUAAGGGUAACAUUUACAUGGCGAGCAAUAGUCCCUCAAACGUUCCUAAGGCUUAUUACGAACAAUAUAAAAAGGAUUUCUCGUUGUUUCUAAAGUGUCGUGCAGAAGAACUGGUGGAAGGGGGUCGUAUGGUUCUCACAAUUUUGGGAAGAAGAAGCCAUGAUCCAUCUAGCAAAGAGUGUUGCUAUAUAUGGCAGCUUUUGACUAUGGCUCUUAAGCAUAUGGUCUCCAAGGGAAGGAUAAAAGAAGAGGAAAUGGACAGUUUCAACAUCCCUCAAUAUACACCUUCUCCAUCUGAAGUAGAAAUUGAGGUUGAAAAGGAAGGUUCAUUCAGCGUUACGAGUCUGGAAAUAUCUGUACUACCUUGGAAUGCUUUUGAUUCCGAAUAUGGUAAUUUGUCUGAAUCACUCAGAAAUGGAGGGUACAACGUUACAAAGUGCAUGAGGGCUGUAGCAGAACCUUUGCUCAUAAGUCAUUUUGGAGAAGCUAUCAUUGAAGAGCUUUUUGCCCUCUAUCAACAAAUCUUAACUGAAACAAUGUCUAAGGAGAAAACCCAAUUUGUUAAUGUCACCAUAUCGUUGAUCAGAAAGCCUGAUUAUUAA